UUUUGCUGCUGUUUAUUUUCGAACUGGCCCCCCGAGGUGCUAACAAGCACCAAUGAGACAAGCAAACAGAGCCGGGGAAAAUCAAAUUUAAAGAACAACCAAAAUUAGCGACAAAAUCACAUACGGCACAAGGUGAGGCACAUGGCACUUGGUGGCACCCUGUAACUGUACGGGUUGCGCAACCCAGCGGGCCGACUGUCUGCUAGUCUGCUCUUGGUCUAGUUACCUUACUAGGCUAGUCAAGAAGAGCAGACUUGAAGUCCGGCAUUCAAUAACUGUUUACAUUGCCACACACGCACCCAUCACAGAUUUACCGGGUUGCCUUGCCUUAACCAACCUUAAUCUAGGUACCUACCUUACCUUAUCUAACUUUAUGAAGGCAUCUCAAGAAUGAUAGAGAUUUCUACCAGGCGCACGCAUCUAGACGCACAUACGCACAAGAUGGCUUCUUCAACCCUCUCAUCAGAAACUACUACAGAGCUUGACAGUCUAGAGACUUUUCUCAAACCCCUCCAAAUCGAUACACAACUGGUCCACAGAUUGUCGCAGGAUCUAUGCAUCAACUUUGCCGACCUUGCAGCGCAGUCAGACGAUCAGUUUCUGCCCACACCCAUAUCUGAGUCUUUGUUAUUACAACGUGCUGCUGUUGACAGCAAGGAUCCAGGCCCACACUUGGCCAUUGAUAUCGGCGGUACAAAUCUUCGCGUAGCGUUUGUGGAACUGAGCCACGUGCACAAGGAUGGUCAAAAUGAGACGACGUUACCUCUAAGGAGACAUCUCGAACACAGCUGGCCCAUCGAUAGCCACCUCAAGAACGAGAACCAUACUGUGCUCUUUGCAUGGAUCGGCGCAUGUAUCUCAGAGGUAGUCAGUAAGGCAUGUGCACAGUUUGGCAUUGCCGCCGCCGCAGAGCUGCCACUGGGCAUUACGUUUAGUUUCCCUAUGGUUCAGGAGUCCCUCGAAAAGGCCACACUUUUGCAGAUGGGAAAGGGGUUUGGAAUAACAUCCGAUCUCGACCUUGGAUGGCACCUCGUAGACGGCUAUGAAAAGAGCCGUAGCGACCUUCCCCGGAUCCGAGUUGCAGCCAUCACAAACGAUGCUGUAGCCACUCUGGUGAGCUUCAUGCAUCAGUUCCCAACCACAGCCGACAUCAAUGGCACGACAGCCAUCCAUGUCGAUCGCCGUCCCGCCAUGGGACUGAUAUGCGGCACCGGCUCCAAUGCGACCGUCUUCAUGGACUUGGACAGCCUGAAGGAGAGCAAACGACCCAAGAGAGUCCAAACGUUACCGGGGCAGAACGGCGGCCCUGCCUGUCUCAGGAUUGCGGUCAACACAGAAUGGAGCAUAAACGGCUCGGCUGCUCCGUUGCGCGCGCACAACCUCAUCACCAGCUGGGAUGAACACCUCAGCGGGGCCGUCGAGCGCCCAGGAUUCCAACCACUCGAGUACAUGACCGCCGGACGGUAUCUGGGCGAACUCGGGCGGUUAAUACUGGUCGAUUACAUGACCAAAGUCCUCGGUCUGAGCUCUACCACGCUUCCUGAAAAACUCCUCCGCAGCUUCGAGCCUCGAAACACGACCUUCCUGAGCCACUUUAGACCCGGCAGCAACAACGACUGGUCGGCGCUAGUAAAUCGACUCACGGAUGAAUUCCCGCCGGGGCCGGCCUUUGAAUGGACCAAGGGGCUGGCCCAGGCCCUGUACCGCAUCGCACGACUCAUCGAGUACCGGGCGGCGGGCAUCAUCGCCGCCUCAACCAUAGCUCUGCUAAAAUGCUCCGGCGCGCUCCCGAGCGCCGAGGCGUUGGCGUCCAUGUACGACCGGCCCACGGAGCUCCAGCUCGGAGUCGGCUACACAGGCGGCUGCAUCACAAACUUCCAGGACUACCUGCAGCACUGCCAGCAGCUCCUGGACGACAUUGCGGCUCGCGAGUAUCCGGAGGCUGCUUCCCGGGGCUCCAGGGUGAGGGUUGUGUUGCAGCCUUGCCACGACGGUGGGAUCGAUGGUGCUGCCGUGUUGGUUCCCGCUGCUGUGGCGACAGGCAUAUGAGGAAUUGUUUCACUGCCGGGGGGUUUGUGGUUGCUACUUUGGUUAGGGGCGUUGGGUUUAUGGACUAGGCUUCGUCUUAUAAAUAGGAUGCGCAAAACAGUCACGUAGAUUUGGUCUCAGGGGUUUGUGACGUCGCAUUGCGCUGGAAUUGGACAUAGAAUAAUCAAGCCAAGA